AAUCGUGGAGCACGUUUUCCGUGGCGUGUUCUUCGUUUGCGCGGUGUUCGUUCGCGUUUGCCUUAGGCUUACCUAAGCAACUUGUUGCGUACGUUGGUGUUAAAGGUCUUCAGAGUGCAGCAAAAGUCAUGGCGACAAGCCUUAUUGGAUCCGUGUCUCGAAUUUGUCUGAAACCGGCACGAUCGAGUGCUGUGCGAAUGGCAUUGAAGCCUGAGCUGCACGGCUGCAAGUCCAUGUCCAGUUCAACUUUGUCCCGCACAUGCCGGCACAUUGUAAGAUCAAGCCCUGUCCGAACAACGGUCUGCAGCUACAGUCAAGCAAGUACCAAAGGCGACCAGGAGCUUGCCGAUUUUCUCGUGGAAGAAAUCGAAGCCGAGAAGAAGGCAAGGAAGUCCGCGCAGGUUCCCAAGAUCGAAGGAUUUGAUGUUAAAACGGAAGGAUCCGAGGUAACCUUGACGCGCACCUUCAACCAGGAAAAGAUUACUGUCCGCUUGAAUGUGAACCACUCUGUGGAUGCAGAAGAUGCAGAUGAAUUCACUGCCAACCAGGAUAAUGCACCCGAGCCAGGAGAGAUGAAAUCCAAGCCCAACUUCACCGUAGAGAUUGAGCGUGGUGGGAAGAAACUUUUCUUCAGCUGCACCUUUAACGAAGUUGCUGAACCUGAGGGUCAACCUGAGAACUAUGCAGACAGUUUUGGUGUUGCUGAAUUUGCUAUAUAUGAAGGAGAAUGGACAGAUGAGGUCUACACAGUGUCUGGUGACAUUAUGGAUGGGUAUCUGUAUGACCUGCUGAUGAACAUGCUUGAGGAACGUGGAAUCUCCAGCGAGUUUGGCUACAAUCUUGUGAACUUCUGCACUGUUUACGAACAUAGUCUUUACAUUGGCCUGCUGGAAAAGCUCAAGGAUUUUGUCUCAAAACAGUAGAGCUGUGCUUUGUGACGAUGAAACCCGUCUUCAGACUUUUCUAGUAUCAUGCCUGUAUUAAUGUAGAUACAUUUAUGCCCUGUAUAAGCAGCGUCUGUGGACACAGUCCAGUAUGUUGGUAAAAUAUUCAUUGAGUUGGUACUUUGUGCUGAAGUUCUCACAAUGUUCACUGAAGCACAGGGUUGCUUUCAUUGUAAACAAUAAAU